AACUUUCUUCAGCUUUUUUGCAAGAACUGAACUGUGUAGAAAAUGCCAGGCCUAGAAUGCAGGAAAGCGCAGACAUGAGUAUCAAACCCACAAAGAGCUGGGGUUUGCAGUGGCCUACAACUUUCCAGAGUGCAGCUUUCUCUUCAGAUCUCUUCCGCCUUCUACAGUUUCUGCAUCCUUGAGCUCUUGUUUUUCAUGAAGUGAAGCACAGAGAGGAUGAAGAAAGAACUUUUCCAUCAAUAACUGCACCAAAAGACACAAAACCUGUUAAAAAUUAAGGUUCAGCUUUCAGAAUGAAGAUGAUUGUGUGGUUUGUGUUUGUGCUGGGUGCCCGCUCUGCUGCAGGAGACGUUUUCAUUGCAAAAGUCGGGCAGAAGGUCACCUUGAACUGUGAGGUCAGCAGCUACACACGCUCUCUGGUGUGGCGUCGUGGAGAUGACCUUCUUUGUUCUGUUGAUCAGAGAGGCUUCAAUCGCAAAGGCACUAUUGACCUUGCAAAGAGGUCAGCCGUGAGAAAUGUGAAUCUGGAAAUCUCUGGUGUGAGAGAAACAGAUGCUGGAAAGUUCACAUGUUUGGCAGAUCAGACACUUCGAGAACAUUCACUUGCUGUGGUCUCAGUUUCAGCCAAACCCUCUACUGUUCUCCAGCCGGGCAACGAGGCAACGCUGCAGUGUAACGUAAAAGGUCUGGAUGAAGGUCAUGAAGUAAACUGGAAGAGCCCAAAUGCAGGUUCACUUAAACAGUCAUCAGUUCAACUCAAACCUGUAACAAGCUUACAUGGUGGGACCUGGGAGUGUGUCAUCACCUAUGGCAGCAACCAGAUCAGUGAGAGUCUGACCAUCACAGUAAAAGAGCCACUUCGUACAACAAAGCAACCACCCAGUGGCACUGUAAAAAACAACGCAGAGACACCCUGCUCCUCAUGUACUGGCAAAGAUGCUUCAUCUGGGCUGCUGGGGCUCACCUGGUGGGUAUGGGUUGCAAUUGGAGUUGGCUGCCUGGUUGUGAUUCUCCUGAUGGUGUGUGUCAUUGUCUUGUACAUGAGAGUCAAAAGAAGGAGGAAGAAAUUUCGGAAGAUAAAUAUGGCCCAGCAGCGACAGAGGUCUAAGAAAUACUGCCAAUGUGACCACCCAACAGCUGCAGCAAAACCGAAGCAAGGACGCCGGAGAGAGAAGCCAUCAGCCCUCCCUCUGCACUCCGUCUAAUGGAGUGACAUGAAAGGCAGAUUGAAAGGAGGAGAGAUGCAGAAAAAUAAAGAGUGGAAGAGAGGAGGGGGAAGGAGGAAUAGAUGGAGAUAAGGAGCGAGUGAGUGAUAGAGAACCCCAGUGUGGACGUGGCAUGAAUGUAAAUCAGGCUUUUAAUGCAAAUAAAAAUUAAAUGUAACGAUGUAGGCACUUUUUUGUGGGAGCUCUUUCUUCAAGUAUAAUACCCGUCUGAGCCAUGUUUGCCUUAAACAUUUCACCCACCCACCCCCCACCC